AGCCGAAACAAGUCAGCAAAUCCUACAGUUCACUGAUUACUACUCAACGUCAACGUGCAACAUACAAAACGUCCAACCUGACUUGCACUUCACGGCCAGCCAGACUUGCAAUUCACAGCACUAUUGACUACUGAUGCAACAGCUGCAGAUACAGAACUACUGCGCGAUGGCUUUUCAGUACACUCGACUUGCUCGCGGUGUUCUCGCGACCAUCGCCUCCUUUGUGGUCUAUGCCCUCCACAGGACGGUCAUGAAGGCCUUGGGUGUGCUUUUAGUGGCAAUCCGGGAUGACUUUGAGACCGACACCUGGGUGGCUGGAACGGUUUUCUCUGCAACCGACUGCGUCACCGAUUUGAUGUGCCCAAUAGUUGGACCGAUUGGCAAGCGCUUCGGUUAUCGACGAGUCUGCAUGUUUGGUGGGGUGAUGACUGCUGCCGCCAUCAUCGUGGUUUCACAGGCACCGAGUUUUCUGCUCGUGGCAAUCCCACUCAUUGGACCAGUAGCUCUCGGACGAAGCAUUACCGUAAUAAUCACCUGUGCAGCCCUCGGCGAGCGUUUUGACGACAGAGAAUUUGCUCUUGCAUCGGGAAUCGCCAAAAUGGGCUCCGCCCUUGCCUACAUCGGCAUACCGCAGCUGGUGCAGCUGUGCCUGGGUACGUACGGAUGGAGGGGAACCUUGCUGAUCUUGGGUGCGCUUUGCGCUCACCUGAUCGUGUGCGGCGCUUUGAUCGUCUCCUCCGAAACCGGAAGGGCGGGGGCAAAUCUCAAAAAUGGCUACCAGUCACUGCCAAAUGGUGACAGAUGCCCCGACACAGAAAGAAAACAACAAGAAUUGAGUCCCCACCGCCUUCUGCUGCCACUGAAGUCCUUUUAUCGACGUAUGGAACCCAUUUUUUGUCUGUCCGUGCUAUUAGACUUCAAUUUUUGGGCUGUGACACUAAUAAAUAUCAUCAAUAAAAUCGCCUUGAUGGCCUGGGUGAUUUAUUUUGUUCCAAAUGCAGAGGACAGGGGGUUUUCAGGAGAGAUUGCCUCUUUUAUGGUUACAGUAGCAGGAGUUGGUCAUAUCAUUGGUAUCCUUGUCGGUAGCUUGGUCGUUUUCAAGCAGAUACUGUCGAGUAUGGGCUGCCUUAUGUUAUCGAUUCCUUUCAUUGCGGUGCCGCUUUGCAUCGGUGCCUGGAUGACUACCAGCUGGUUGAUGACGGCCAACGCCACGGUCCUAAUGUUAGCACUGGGCUGCUCGUACACCUUGGUGACGGUCGUGCUGAAGGAAGUUAUCAGUAACGAGAAAUUUCCUUACGCCGUCGGUUGGACGACCUUCUUCACGAGCGCCUCCAAAUUAAUGGGGGGCUUCAUUCCAGGUUGGCUAUUUGACCACAGGGGCAGCUUCGAGGUUGGAUUCGCCAUCAUAGGCGCCAUGCAGUUUAUAUCAUUUAUACCAAUUAUCGCACAAAGAUUGCUCUGCUCUAAAACAAAUUGUCAAUGAAUAUUUAAUACGGAGACAACAGACGUAUAGCAUAUCUUUUAAAAAGGCCAACUAAAAGAAGGAAAUUAUUAGAAAUGUAAAGUCCAAAGACGAAGCCCCAACCCCUGCUGCAUGGACGACUUCAGCGCAUAGAGGCGUCUAGUAAGUGAAGGUCAGCCAGUUAUGUUUUAUGUCCUUUAAUGUUGCCAGGGGUGCAUUGCCAAAUAUGGUUUAAUUAUGCAAAGGAAAGGUCAUGGUAAUGCAAAUUUAACGCGAUGUCGAGUUCAUAUACAGUCCUAUAGUUUUAAUCGUGGGACUUUAUUUGCCUGUACACCAAUGAGAAUAUGAGUAAGUAAGCAGAAUAAAAGCCCACCAUAUGGCGAUUCACAAUAGUGCGCCUCCAAGAGUUUGCAACACGUUGGCCAAUCGAGUGCACGAAAUCUGACAAACCAACGCGCGUUUGGAAAGGGUCGAAAGAUUUUGUGUUUUGACUAAUUAAUAUAUCCCCGACGCAAAGUACAUCAUGGGAAAGUAAUGAGCACACCCUCUUUGCUGUGAAUGGAUUUUAAGGGUAAUAUUUUUGCGUCUCUAAAAGGGUAACAUUCUUCAUUGAUUUCAGCUGAUAUUCCGCCUUUUAAAAGCUAGUUUUCGUCGUACCUCAGCCUGCUGUCCCCAUUUUCCUAUCAUUGUAGUUAACUGGUCUUUUUCGGUAGCUCGGGUAGAGUGACUUCACACUAUUGCUUUCGGUGUACUUUGUUUAAACGUGUGAGGUUUCUUUUUGUUUUGCAUAUUAACCUUCCAAAAAUAUUGUCAACAGCCUCUUCUUCAUUUAUCUUACAAGGUUUAAUAAUAUGUGUUGUGUUCUCAGUUAUUUAUUUG